AUUAAUUUUUUAUAUUUUCUAAACAAAAACAUCAUUAAUUAUUUAUCUAACCACAAAUCAACCAAUAAUAAAAUAGAAGGUAUAUUAUCAUUGGUCAUAUAACAUUAAGUGUUAAUAAAUUUUACAUAGAAAACCGAAAACAUCAUAUAAUUUGGAACAUAAAAAAUUCUCUAAAACGACUUAUAUUAAAAAACGGAGGGAGUAGGUUUCAAAUCAAAAGCGACAUUAUUUUGACUUGCAAUGGAAAUCAAUUACACUAGCAUUCAUUCAACCAUGACUUGAAUUCAGAAUCUGGAAAGUCAUGGAAACUAGCGGUGGGCACGAAUCACAUACUACUGUAAAUUUCAGUAUUUGCAAUUUGCUUCAUAGUUUACGAAAAUCUGAUUUUCUUAUUUCCUUUGAUUCAAAAAAAUACGGAUAUCCGGAUAAUUGACAACUGGAUAGUUACGAAUAUCUCGUCCACUUUGUUUAAUACAAGUAUAUCUAAAAAACUAUACAAGUUUAUUUUUAAAAUAUUUUUAUAUAAUAUUAAGCAAAUGGUGAACCUAUAUAUUCCAUAAAUUUUAAAAAUUAAUUUUUUUUUAUAAAAUAUAACAUUUUAGAAAAUUUUAAUUUUUAUAAAGACUUUAUAUUUCUUUCUUAAUUUAAUACUUUUAGAAGUAAUUUUAUAAAUGAUAUUAUUAAAAUUAUAUGUUAAAAUAAUAAUUAUAUAAAAUUAUACAUUUACAACUCUCUAUUUAAUUGUAAAUAUAUUUCUAUCGUAUAAAAUCAGAACGGAGCGGAUUCUGACCCUAUUUUUUUAGUAUUUGUGAUUUGAUUUGUUUUUGACUCAUAUUUUGAUUUUUAAUAUUUGUUUUGCUUCAAAAACUUACUAAAACCCAGAUUUUCCUGAUGGGAUCAAAACGAAUAACAAAUUGAAUCGAAUUUAAGAGAUAAAAUGUCCAGAAGAAAACAACAAAUCCAAGAAGAAAAACUUCCCAAUUAAUGACAUUGCACAAUUUCAUUUACAAACAGUUUCAGAUCAGAGACCAACCCCUCUCUCCGUCAUCCGUCUUGUGUAUAUGGGGAAGUCCUCAAACUAAAUCUCCCAAGAUGGUAAAAAAUCUUUCAUUGGUUUGCUUCCACAAAUAGUGUUAUUCAUCAUCAUCAUCAUCAUCAUCAUCAACAUCAUAUUUUUCCGCAGAGGAAAAAAAAAUGCCAAACCCAGUGCAGCAAUCGGUGCAUGGUUACCUGUCAAAGAUCAAAAGGGAGGCAGGAAAGCUGCAGUUGUCGUCGUCGAAAUCAUUGUCAUCAUCCAAGAAGUGGGUGCUUAGCUAUAAGCUUCACAAAAAGCUCUCCUCCUUAAUGAAUGUAAGACGUCCCAGCAAGGCCUGCAGAGUCAACGACGACGACCACCACCAGGAUCCCGGUCAGGCCGCCACCUUGUCCGAUAUCGACCGUUUUCUCGAGGAAAACUUCAAAUCCCUCUGCAUCAGAGAUGGCGGCGAAGAGGGGGAGGAGGACCACCAUCGGAGGAUGACCAAAAAGAAGGAGAAAAGGGAUCAGUCCUCGGAUGACUCAUCCGACACUGAUGAAGACGACUACUAUCGUCACAGAUUCGAGAGGACAUGGGGACAGGCGGUCUACGACUCCCCCAAACUGCCAGAUCCGCGGAGGAGAACAGAGAGACUAUCUCCACCACCUGGAUCAUCGGAAGGUACGCCCAGCAUGUACACAACGCCGGAGGAGGAGGAGGAGAGACGGUCGUUGAGGUCCAACUCAUCAAGCUUGGUGCUGCCUGAGAACUGCAUCGCGGUGCUGAGAUGCACUGAAGAGCCUCAGGAGGAUUUCAGGAGGUCGAUGGUGGAGAUGAUGGAGUCCAAGCUAGGAGGGGGCGAGGUGGACUGGGACUUGAUGGAAGAGCUACUCUUCUGCUAUCUCGAUCUCAACCACAAGAAAUCACACAAGUUCAUACUCAGCGCAUUCGUCGAUCUCAUCAUCUCUCUCCGUGACAAGGAGAAGAGGGUCACCAGGAAAAGCCUUGAGAUGUCGCUCACUACUCGCGCCGCCAGGGAGAGGCUUAGUAAGAGGAGCUAUGCCUCUCGAAACUAGCUUGUACAACUUCCCUUCUUUUCUUUUCUUCUUUACAUCAAACCAUUUUAAUUUCUUUUUAACAUUCGUGUCUUUCUUCUCAGCCUUUAAAGUCAAUGCUUGCAUGUAUCCAAUGAACUUGUUUUAUUCUUC